AUGAGGCUUCAUGGGCGUAUAAAGAGUCCUAAUUUUGGAAUCACCCGGCACCCCACAACUCAACCCUCCGUCUCCUCACGCGCCGUCAACCUCUCGGCAGAGUUAUUUCUUCAACUGUGGAAGUUGAGGGCGGUGCUGGAUUUGGACGCCGAUCGCCACCGUGAGGAGCAGAUCGGACGAGGGAAAACGAGGACGCGCAGUGGAAGUCGUGGGGAUCUCGGGGAGGACAGGGAAGCGCAAGAGCAGGGCAUGGCUGGUAGAAGGAACAACAACAACGGAGAGAUGGGGGGUCAGAACAACCAGUUUUUAGAAGGACUUACUGCACUCCUACAUGAGCAGAGCCGCAUUCAUGGGGAACAGAUUCAAAAAUAUAUUCUCACAGAUGCGGACAAGGUCAGGUGUGCAAUAUUCAUGCUCCGGGAUGAUGCUCGGGUAUGGUGGGAGGGUGCGCGGCUGACUGUAGAUCCGACUAUUUUGACUUGGGCUGGUUUCAAGGAGGUAUUAUAUGGGAAGUAUUUCACAGUUGACAACCGGACACGAUUGGCACGGGAAUUCUUGGAGCUUCGUCAGGGAGAUAUGACGGUGGCGGAGUAUGUCAGGAGAUUCGAGAGAGGACGCUAUUUCGUACCUAUGAUUACCAGUCAACCAGUCGAAGAAUUGAAGCACUUCACCGAAGGGUUGAGGCCGGCUAUUCGCCAUGAUGUCAGGCUGAGUCGGGUCACCACAUUCAGAGAGGCAGUUGACCAAGCACUGAUGUCCGAAAGAGACAGAAAUGACAUGGUCACGGAAGCUCAGAACAAGAGAUUGAGUUAUCAGGGACGAGAUCAGCAGGAGCCGGGAAAGAAGAGGUCAGUUCCUAGUUCGAAUCCAGGAAAGCAGUCGUUUAAGCAGGCGCAGCCGCGACAGCAAAUUCAGAAGACACAAGCAGCUGAAGGCACUGGUGUCAGGGCUGAAAACAAGGUUCGCUGUUCCAAGUGCGAGAAGAUUCAUGCUGGGCAGUGUUUGACGGGUACAGAUGCUUGUUAUAUGUGUAAGAAGUCAGGCCACUUCGCAAGAGAAUGUCCACUGCUGAAGGAGCCAACCAAAGGGAGAGUAUUUGCGAUGACUCAAGAGCAGGUGGACCUGGACACAGCUAUUAUCACAGGUAUGAUUUAUAUCGCCAAUAUUCCAGCCCGUGUAUUAAUAGACUCUGGAGCUACACAUUCCUUUAUAUCUGAGGAUUUCCUCACAAAACUGGGCAUUAUACCUGAACGAAUGGUGGCGGGAUACAGUGUUUCAUUACCGUCAGGGGAGGAAUUGCAUAGUAACAGGAUGAUAAAGAAUUGUCAGAUGAUGAUGCAAGAUCAUACUGUAGGCGCGAGGUUCAUCGUGUUGGAAAUGACAGAGUUUGAUGUGAUCCUUGGCAUGGACUGGCUAGUUCAGCACGAGGCAGUCAUCGAUUGUAAACAGCGGACGGUUAAGUUGAAGCUACCAAAUGAAAAACUCCUCAUUUUUCAAGCAGCUUCACCGAUAGCUGUUCCCCACAUGAUCUCCAUGUGUAAAGCUCGACGAAUGGAUUACCGGGAGCUGAAUCGGGUGACAAUCAAGAACAAGUACCCAUUGCCCAGGAUUGAUGACCUGUUCGACCAGUUACAGGGAGCAACGGUGUUUUCAAAAAUUGAUUUGCAUUCAGGGUAUCAUCAGAUGAAGGUAAAGGAGGUAGAUGUGCACAAAACAACAUUCAGAACCCGAUAUGGGAAUUACGAGUUUCUGGUUAUGCCAUUCGGACUCACAAAUGCCCCAGCAGCAUUUAUGGACUUAAUGAAUCGGGUAUUUCACUCCUACUUGGAUCAGUUUGUUAUUGUCUUCAUUGAUGAUAUAUUAAUUUACUCUCGAAAUUGUCAAGAACAUCGUCUGCAUUUAACCACGGUGCUACAGACGUUGAAGGAUCAUCGUUUGUAUGCCAAAUUUAGCAAGUGUGACUUUUGGCUGAAUCAGAUUCCAUUUCUAGGGCACAUUGUCUCAGGAAACGGGAUAGAAGUGGAUCCGGCCAAAGUUGAGGUAAUUCGGAAUUGGGAUACGCCAAAGAAUGCUUCUGAGAUACGGAGUUUCUUGGGGUUGGCAGGUUAUUAUCGAAGGUUCAUCCAUAAUUUUUCCCGGAUUGCCUUGCCGCUGACCUCGCUGACUAAGAAGGGGGUAAGAUAUGAAUGGACAGAUCGGUGCCAGAAAAGCUUUGAGGAGUUGAAAGGAAGAUUGACGACGUCACCAGUGCUUUUGAUCCCGGAUGGUUCUGGACGGUUUGUGGUGUACACUGACGCCUCCAAAACUGGAUUGGGAGCUGUGCUUAUGCAGAACGGGAAGGUCAUUGCGUAUGCCUUACGUCAGUUGAAGGUACAUGAGCAAAACUAUCCCACCCAUGAUUUGGAGCUAGCAGCGGUUAUAUUUGCUCUAAAGAUCUGGAGGCACUACUUUACGGGGAACGAUGUGAGAUCUACACAGACCACAAGAGUUUGA